ACCGAUCGCCCCUCUCCCCCUCCGCCUCCUCCCCCCUCUCCCUCGCCGUACGUACACGCCGGACGCAGACACGCCGGCGAGACGACCGUCGUACGCCGUAACUCACACGCGCGCAAUUUUGGAUCAGAGUCCUCUCCGAUGACUACCUCGUCGUCAGGGAGCGUGGAGACGUCGGCCAAUUCGAGGCCCGGCUCCUUCUCCUUCGGGAGCGCGAGCUUCACUGAAAUGCUGGGCGGCUCCGCCGCGGCCGGCGGUGCGUCCGGGUACAAGGCCCUGACCCCGCCUUCCCUGCCGCUCUCGCCUUCGCUCAUGUCCCCGUCGUCCUUCUUCAGCAUGCCCGCCGGCAUGAACCUCGCCGACUUCCUCGACUCCCCGGUGCUCCUCACCUCCAGCAUCUUCCCGUCACCCACGACGGGCGCGUUCGGGUCGCAGUUCAACUGGCGGCCGGAGGCGCCGACGCCGAGCGCCGCCGAGCAGGGCGGCAAGGAGGAGCAGAGGCAGCCCUACUCCGACUUCUCGUUCCAGACGGCGCCGGCGAACACCGAGGAGGCCGCGCGUGCGACGACGACUAGCUUGCAGCCACCGGUUGCAGUGGCGUCACAGGGGGAGGAGGCGUACACAGGCCAGCAGCCGCCGCAGCAGCAGGCGUGGGGGUACGGCCAGCAACAAGAAGGCAUGGACGCGAGUGCCUCCAACCCGGCGAGCUUCAGCGCGCCGGCGCUCCAGGCGACCUCGUCGGAGAUGGCGCCGGCGGGCGCCUACAGGCAGACGCACUCGCAGAGGCGGUCGUCGGACGACGGGUACAACUGGCGCAAGUACGGGCAGAAGCAGGUGAAGGGGAGCGAGAACCCCCGCAGCUACUACAAGUGCACCUUCCCCAACUGCCCCACCAAGAAGAAGGUGGAGACGUCGCUGGAGGGCCAGAUCACCGAGAUCGUCUACAAGGGCACGCACAACCACGCCAAGCCGCUCAACACGCGCCGGGGCUCCGGCGGCGGCGCGGCCGCGGCUCAGGUGCUGCAGAGCGGCGGCGACGCGUCCGAGAAUUCCUUCGGCGCGAUCGUCACGACGCCCGAGAACUCGUCGGCGUCCUUCGGGGACGACGACAACAACGGCGUGAGCUCGCCGCGGGCUGGCAACGACAACGACGAUGAUGAGCCGGAUUCCAAGAGGAGGAAAGACGGUGGUGACGGCGAGGGAAUCAACAUGGCCGGCAACCGGACGGUGCGGGAGCCGAGGGUGGUCGUCCAGACCAUGAGCGACAUCGACAUCCUCGACGACGGGUACCGGUGGAGGAAGUACGGGCAGAAGGUGGUGAAGGGCAACCCGAACCCGCGCAGCUACUACAAGUGCACCACCGUGGGGUGCCCCGUGCGGAAGCACGUGGAGCGCGCGUCCCACGACCUGCGCGCCGUGAUCACCACGUACGAGGGCAAGCACAACCACGACGUGCCGGCCGCCAGGGGGAGCGCCGCGCUCUACCGCCCCGCGCCCCGGGCGGCGGACAGCACCGCGAGCACCGGCCACUACCUUAACCCGCAGCCGUCCGCCAUGGCGUACCAAACCAGCACGGGAGGCCCCAACGUCGCCGCCGCCGGGACGCAGCAGUACGCGCCGAGGCCCGACGGGUUCGGCGGCCAGAACCAGGGCUCGUUCGGCUUCAACGGCAGCUUCGGCUUCUCCGGGCCCGGGUUCGACAACCCGACGGCGUCGUACAUGAGCCAGCACCAGCAGCAGCAGAGGCAGAACGACGCGAUGCACGCGUCGAGCGCCAAGGAGGAGCCGAGGGAGGAGGACAUGUUCUUCCAGAACUCCCAGUACUGACCAGCGAGUGUCAGAAAUGGCAAACCACACGGCGAGAUGGAGCUUUAUCCUGUAAUAAUACGUAAUUGUACUAGGAUAGGCGUAGACACAUUCGUUUAUUUGUUGGGAGGCACAUAGUUGCAGAGGGCUGCACAAAAGGGCUCCCUUCCUUGACACGUCGGAGUAAAGAAAAUAUUUAGGACUGUAGCAUACACACAAGAUAGGGGGUUGAAGCAGUUUUGCUUUGCCAUUGUUUCCACCUCCACAUAGAAGUAUGUUGUUGAAUUCAAAUUUUAGUAAUAGCAGAAAUUUGUCAUUAUUCAA